AUUAAUACCUUAAUUAUAUACUGUCAUACUUUCAUGUAUAUAUUUUUUUCACAGCUAAUACAAUUCCUGAAAGCAAACAUUCGGACCACAGAGCCGCCUUCUGAGUUAAAAGUCGUUGAGAACCCAGAACAAGAAAAAGGAGACGGCGUCCAAGAGUUGGAGGGCACCCAAAUACAUCCAGUGGAGUUUGAAGAUCAGGAUGGGAGUCAUUCCUAUGGGAAAAUCGGAGAGUAUAUCCAGGAAAAUUAUGGUAUUGAAAAUGAAGAAUCACCUGUAUCUGGACUUCUUGUAUCCUUUAAAAACACUGAGAUAAAUGAGGUUAUAGGAAAUGAGUCAGUAAUUGUAAAUCAUGGUUUGGAAUUAAUAAACGGUGAGUUAUACAGUGCUGACAGCAAACCAAAAACUUUAGAAAGUGUAUCACAAAUUGUGGUGAUAAAUAGUGAUCUACAACUAUGUACAAUUUCUUCUGAUGGAGCCAUUGACACAAAGUUCACUGAAAACAUGACAGAUAACCUGGAAGUUUGCAAACAAGAAUAUGAGCAUGAAAUAUCCAGUAUACAUGGGAAUGAAUACAGCCAGACCAUGGACAACUGUGCAAUAAAAACUGAUGAUCUGGUUGGCCAACCACCAAGAGAGAAUGCAGAUUCUGACAACCAGAGCAUGGGAAACGGUGCUCUAAAUCCUGAUGAUCUAGCCGACCAACCACCAAGAGAGAAUAGUGAAUCAGACAACCAGACUAUGGCCACCUGUGCACUAAAUCCUGAUGAUCUAGUUGACCAACCACCAAGAGCGAAUGAUGAAUCAGACAAAAUGACCCUGGCCAAUUGUACAAUAAAAAGUGAUGAUCUAGUUGGCCAACCCCCAAAAGAAAAUACUGAAUCAGAUAACCAAACAGUGGAUAACUGUGCAUUAAAAACGAAUGAUCUAGUUGGCCAACCCCCAAGAGAAAAUGAUGAAUCAGACAACCAGACCGAGGAUAACUGUGCAAUAAAAAUUGAUGAUCUAGUUGGCCUACCAUCAAGUGAAAAUGCUGAAUCAGACAAUCAGACCAUGGAAAACUAUGCAAUAAAAAUGUAUGAUUUAGUUGGCCAACCCCCAAGAGAAAAUUCUGAAUCAGACAACCAGACAAUGUCUAACUGUGCAAUAAAAAUUAAUGAUCUAGUUGGCCAACCCCCAAGAGAACAUGCUGAAUCAGACAACCACACCAUGGAAAACCGUGCAAUAAAAAUUGAUGAUCUAGUUGGCCUACCCCCAAGAGAAAAUGAUGAAUUAGACAACCAGACCACGGAAAACCGUGCAAUAAAAAUUGAUGAUCUAGUUGGCCUACCCCCAAGAGAAAAUGAUGAAUCAGACAACCAGAUCAUGGAUAACUGUACAAUAAAAAUUGAUGAUCUAGUUGGCCAACCCCCAAGAGAAAAUAAUGAAUCAGACAACCAGACCAUGGAUAACUGUGCAAUAAAAAUUAAUAUUUUAGUUGGCCUACCCCCAAGAGAAAAUGAUGAAUCAGACAACCAGACUAUGGUUAACUGUGCAAUAAAAAUGUAUGAUCUAGCUGACAAACCCCCAGGAAAGAAUAACACAAUGAGCAUACCCAAAGUAUCAAAUGACACCAAUGUAUGUUUGGAACCUAUAGAGGGAUCCAGUAGUCUGAUGGUUGACAACAGUCCAUCCACUGAUGAUAACCUAAGAACUAACUCAGUCCAAAACGUCACUGGAAAGCAAAUGAAGCGAAAUGCAUCAGCCCACCAGGGAAACGGCAUGCAUAGUAAGAAGAAGGCAUUUGAAAAAUUUCCAUUACACAACUUUUGUGCUUCAAUUAGUAGAGGACAUCAUGAUAUAACCAACAAUGUUGUUGUGGAAAAUUACCAAGGGGGCAUUGCUGAAAGACAUUUGAGUUGUUUUGGUGGGAAUGGUGAAAUGCUAAGCCUUGUUAAAACCAAGGAUGGCAUGUGUUCUAAUUCAACUGAAAUAGAAAAGGCACAUUCGCUGCAUGUCAAGGAUAACAUUCCAAAUUCUCAGGAGCUGUCACAAGUGUGCCGAGACCCUGACACAAUUAGAGGGGCAGAGCUAGUCCGGGCUCAGAGCAUUGACCUAGACCAGUCUGGAGGCACCAGCUGUUCCUUGUAUUUCAUAGGCUCUCCAAGCCAAUGUGAGAAAGGCACAGAUAGCAAAAUGGUAAAGAAGAAGUUUAAAUCUGCUGGGAAAGAAGCCUCCAAAAAUACAGAAAAUGAAGCAAAGGCGCUGGAUGUAAAUGAGGGUUUUAAACCAGAAGAAGAGAAAAGGCUCAAAAGGCAAAGUAGUAUUGACACGGCCGUCCCAAAGGACAGCAAGAACGCCCCCAAAAUCCUACAUGGCAUCCAAGCUGAGAUGUUUCCUGAUCGCUCUGGAAACCUGAAGCUCUUUUGUCACUUUGGGGACAUCCAUGCUGAUUCCACUAUCACUUGGACUAAGGACUCGAAGUUGCUAGCUCGAAUGCAUAGAAGUUCUAAGGAUGAUUCUCCUGUGUCCCUCGCCAUUGUACAGACCAGUAAGAAGGACCAGGGGGUGUAUCUCUGCACACUGAAGAACAUGCAUGGAAAAGUGACAACGGAAUUUCAACUUACAUCUGAAGUGUUGGAGCAGCUGACACGUUAUCAGGAUGUGGAAGGUGGAGAGGAGGUUGAAUUCAAUCAGCUUUUCUUCCGAGAAGACUUCAUUACUGAUAUGUACUUCGGUGGAAAUCUCCAUGGUCGUAUAGCAACAGAGGACUUGCAUUUUGGAGAAGGGGUCCAUAGGAAAGCUUUCCGAAGUACAGUGAUGUGUGGACUGUUGCCUGUGUUUAAUCCGGGUCACCUGUGUGUCCUGAAGGUGCACAAUGCUAUCGCCUAUGGGACGAAGACCAACGACGAACUUGUGCAGAAGAACUACAAGCUGGCUGUACAGGAAUGCCAUGUUCAAAACACUGCGCGCGAAUACGCCAAGAUUUAUGCGGCAGAAGCUGAGGAACUGAAAGAGUUUGGGACAGUUCCAGAGAUUAUCCCAAUUUUCCUCAUUCACCGUCCUGCAAACAACAUCCCAUAUGCCACCGUGGAGGAAGAGCUAAUAGGAGAUUUUGUGAAAUACUCCGUCAAGGAUGGAAAAGAGAUCAAUUUUCUCCGGAGGGAUUCGGAAGCUGGACAGAAAUGCUGCACCUUCCAGCACUGGGUGUAUGAACGGACCAAUGGAAACUUGCUUGUCACAGAUAUGCAAGGUGUCGGAAUGAAGCUAACAGAUGUUGGAAUAGCAACCAUAAGCAAGGGUUACAAAGGAUUUAAAGGAAACUGCGCCGUCUCCUUCAUCGACCAGUUCAAGGCCUUGCACCAGUGUAACAAGUAUUGUGAAAUCCUCAGCCUGCAGCCGCUGAGGCCUGUUAACCCGAAACAAAAAAAACCCGCUCCCACCAAGGAGAAAGUCCAGCCAAUCCCGACCACCUCUCGCAAAAGUCGCAACAGUACAAAGCCAAAAAAAACAUAGCGAAUCGCUGGGUUUUGCUAUCUAUAUGAACUGUCCUGUGUCAUGUGACUGAUGUACCCACAGGACUCCACUGGCAGCCAUGAGGGUAAAUCGGCCAAGGACCCAUAGCCAUCAGUGCCGCAGUAGCUGCAUGGACGUAAUACUGCCUGCUAUCCUGUUAUCAAUGUUAUCCAUUGAGAACAAAUGUAAAGAGACAUUGUAGGUUUGCUGCUCCUUGGACAAUGCUGCCGUAGGCCUAUGCCUAUAUGAUAAAUAUGACUUCUAUCUGAACCUGCUUUGGUAGGAUAGCCCUGAUGUCUAGGCUUGAAAGAAAAAUGGAGGCUGGCAUUUCUGAUCAUGCUAGUUGCCUGGUUAUCAUGCUGAUCUUGUUACCCUUCACACCCUCUAAGCUUCGAAAACAUAUGGGGUCAAACCUCAACUUUAAACCUGUAUGCUAAUUACUUUGCCAGUGGCUCCUAAAGUACUGAAACCAAUAAAUCAGCAUCAUGGCCAGGCAACAGGAGCUUUCAAAAGAUGGGAUUAGCAAUAGCAGCCUCUGUUUUUCCUUUUAGGGGGAAACCUGGUAAAAUGUUGUCAUAGAUGGAUUCAGGGAAGGAUUUGUGUGGAUUUUGGGCAAAGGGGAAAUGGGACCUUUUGGAUUGCCUGAUACAAUGGCAUAAAUGGAUGGAAUACUAUCCUAGCUAAUGGGGCCCCUGGCAGUCUACAGCUUUAACAAAGAUCCCGCUGAUCGCUCUGAGCUUUGAAAGUACCAGAUCUGCUGUACUUUGCCUGUGUGCGCCCUGACUCAAUUAAAGGGAGACCACAAUGUAUUUUCUGAUAUUCUGCAGUAUGCAUUAUAAAUAACACUUAGUGAUGUACCAAGGGCUACUGUUAGAAAUCAUGGGGCUCUGUACAGCCUGCCUGACAGGGACCCCUAGCCUGGAUGGGUGGGUGUGUGGGUGCAGGUGUAUGACCCCAAACAGGGCUCCAGCCACAUGAACAAACCACUCAUCACGUGGCCAUCGCACCCAUGUGAAUGAGCUUUUAGUUAUGUUUUUUAAAUAGUUUUUUUACACUUUUUUACAUUAUUCAAGGCCCGGGGUUGACUUUGGUAAAAUAUCAGGGGUCUACUCUGUUUCCUGGUGUCUCACUUUUGAGACAGAGUAAAUGAUUGAGGACACAAAUUCUCAAUACUUUUACUGCAGCCUCAGCUGCUACAGUAUGAAUGAACAGGAAGCACUCUAUAUAGAGGCUCCCUAUUCAUUCACAUUCUGAAGCAUAGUAAACACAUUGGAGGGGAUGGCGAUACAGGGGAAUUAAAGCUGUGGAUGAAGGAGAUCCUGGACUGGAGAUGAGAGAGGAUGAUCAGAGUGACAGAGGAAGGCCAUUACCUAAAGUUGAUCCCCCUGUGGCUGCUCCUGCAGCAGCUGACAGUUGGCAGGAGGGAGAGGAGGAGAAUCCAGCUGUGCUGUAGGGAGGGGGAACUGCCUGUGCCAUAAAGCUACUUGGGUCCCCCUGUUGAACUGACAAGGCCUAUCCCCUUUAUCACCAGCCCUGGCUGUGCCACUCACGUUUGCCAUGUAGGAAGUGUGGUUGGAUCCACAUUGUACAGCCAUUCACACCAGGGUGGUUUGCUCUAUGGGGCAAAGUGUGUUAUGUUGCACAUGGGUUGAGAUCAGGCAGCCCAUGCAUUUGAUAGGGUGGACCAGAAUUCUUGCAGCAUUCUGUAACUUACGAUACUGUGUAACCAUGUCUUGUGGUGUGCUCCAACAUUGGAAAGGUAGGUUGAUUUGCCACACAAUAAAUAGCACCUCAUUGUACAUAAGCUGUGAUACCCUGUACUGUGGUAACACACCCCUUCCUGCAGCACUGGUGUAAAUGGACCCUUAGAAAGGUAUUCAUUUUCACACCCUGUCACCCAACUGUUCAGUGUGCAUUAAAGUAGAACUGUGACCAGGCUAUGGACAUUCAACUAUAUGCAUAUUCUUAACAAGCACUAAAUAAGCUUUAAAACGUUCCCUGGCUGACCUCUGUCACGUCAACUACCUUGGAGCAAAUCAUUCUCAGACUUUAUAAUAGAAGCAAUGAAGUUGUUCAAGUCAGGUCUUGGCACUCUGCUCUCCCCUCACUUUGAUUACACAUACAGGUCUGGAAAAAAAAUUCAAUUUGCGGUACAUUAGCGUGAUCACUAAAUUUUAGAAUGCUUUAAUGCCACUUUAUUUUGUGCACCCUCGUGCUUUCUACAACACAAUUUUUUUGAAAAAUGUAAUUAUUUAUAACAACAGAAAAAUGUAGACAGAAGAAAAGUAGUUCCCCUAACAUUAAUGGUCAAACUUUGAGGAUGAAUUAUUCUACAGUGCCUGCGGCCUGAGGCUUGUUUCAUAACCUAUUUCCAAUUUGUUAAGAAUUUGUAAAUAUUUUGUUGCCCAUAGCCUGGCCAUAGUACUACUGUGAAGGGGGAGCUGAGCUACAGAGAUAAAGUAAAGUACAACUGAGAAGUUUCAUGAUCAAACUUUGAGGAUGAAUAAUUCCACAGUGCCUACAGCUACAGAGAUUAAUGGGGGCUUGUUUCAGAACGUACUUACAAUUUGUUAAGAAUUUUGUAAAAAUUAUAUUGCCCAUAGCCUGGCAAUUGCUAUGCUAGGAAGGGGGAGCUGAGCUAUGGAGAGAAAGCAAAAGUAGAACUACAAAGUUUUAUGGUCAAGCUGCAUCUACAGAGAUAAAUGAGAGCUUGUUUCAAAACCUAUUUUAUAAUUUGUUAAUAUUUUAAUGCCCAUAGCCUGGCCAUAGUUCUGCUGGGAAUGGGGAGCUGAGCUACAGAGAGAAAGUAAACAUAGAACUCGGAAGGUUCACGGUCAGACUUUAAGGAUUAAUUAUUCCACAGUGCCUGCAGCUACAGAGAUCAACAAGGGCUUGUUUCAAAAUGUAUUUGCAAUUUGUUAAGCAUUUGUAAAUAUGUGAAUGCCUAUAGCCUGGCCAUAGUUGUUCUGGAAGGGGGAGCUGAGCUACAGUGAGAAAGUAAAUGUAGAACUGAGAAGGUUCAUGGUCAAACUUUGAGGAUUAAUUAUUCCAUGGUACCUGCGGCUACAUAGAUCAAUGGAGGCUUGUUUCAUAACUAAUUAACAAUUUGUUAAGAAUUUGUAAAUAUUUAAUUGCCUAUAGACUGACCAUAGCUAUGCUGGUAAGGGGGAGCUGAGCUAUGGAGAAAAAUCAAACGUAGAACUGGGAAGUUUCAUGGUCAAGCUUUGAGGAUGAAUUAUUCCACAGUGUCUGCGUCUACAGAGAUAAAUGAGGGCUUGUUUCAAAACGUAUUUACAAUUUGUUAAGAAUUUGUAAAUAUGUUAACCACUUAAAGACCUCAGGUGU